UCUCCCACAGAUAUAAAUAGGAGCUGGAUUUUUUUACUCCACUCAGUUCUCCUGAAGGAUGAGAUCCCUGAAACACCUCAAACAUCACACCAGGAACAAUGUGGAGGAGGAGAGUGGCCGUCUGGUGCGGUGCUACCCCAAGGUGAUGGAAGGCCAGGUGGAUGCAGGAACACAGACAGAUCCCGUGGUGGUGCUGUCUCUAGCCCAGGCUGCUGUCCUGGGCCUCAUCUCCCAGAAUGAGAUCUUUGGAGCCACCAUCGCCCCCAAUGGCUUCUACAUGGGCGAGCCCAGGGAGUAUGGCAGGACCCCUCCUCCUCCAGAGGGCAUGGAGUAUGAGUACGCUGACCAGCUGAUUGGGGCCAACGGGGACUACCUGGCUGAGCCUGUAGGGGAGUCGGAGCCCCACAGGAAUGAGAGGAGGCGCCCCGGGCCCAGAGGGAGAACCAGGGGGCCCAGGAAUGAAGGAGGAGCGCCAGGGGAGCAUCACAAAGUCCCCAGCGUACAGACUCAGGUCAAAGGGGAGAGGGGAGAGUCUGAAACCCCUCCGUCCUGCAUCCAUAUGGCAAAGAGCCCUAGCAGCCCAGGCAAGAUGGAGGAGCCAGCCACUCACAGAGGGCCUCUGAAGGAGGAGCAGAGCUGUGGUAACUGUGCUGUGUGUGUGAGAGAGACGUCCAGUCAGACCAAGACAGACACUCGGCCAGAGGAGAGGAGAGGGGGAGGAGGAGAGGGGCAAGAAGAGGAGUUAGCUGAGGAGGACGGAGUGUUGAACCUCAAGACUGGAGGAGAUAGGGGAGACAGUCCCAAUCCCAUCAUGAACCACUACUUUGAGUCCAGCGAGGUGGCCUAUGAGUCUGCUGACGUGGCCGUGGGGGACUAUGACGAGAGCAGCCAGGGCAUGCUGUGGGCUGCAGACGCCGAGGGGAUAGCCAGGCGCAUGCAGAUCGACCGGCUGGACAUCAACGUCCAGAUAGAUGAGUCCUACUGCGUGGAUGUGGGAGAGGGCCUGAAGAGAUGGAAGUGCCGCAUGUGUGAGAAGUCUUAUACCUCCAAGUACAACCUGGUCACCCACAUCCUGGGCCACAAUGGCAUCAAGCCCCACGAGUGCCUGCACUGUGGCAAGCUGUUCAAGCAGCCCAGCCACCUCCAGACCCACCUGCUCACCCACCAGGGCACCCGGCCACACAAGUGCACCGUGUGUAAGAAGGCCUUCACCCAGACCAGCCACCUGAAGAGGCACAUGCUGCAGCACUCCGACAUCAAGCCUUACAGCUGCCGCUUCUGUGGGCGAGGCUUCGCCUACCCCAGUGAGCUCCGGUCCCACGAGAACAAGCACGAGAACGGCCACUGCCACUUGUGUUCCCAGUGUGGUAUGGAGUUCCCCACCCACGCCCACCUGAAGCGCCACCAGACCAGCCACCAGGGCCCCACCACUUACCAGUGUACCGAGUGCAACAAGUCCUUUGCCUACCGCAGCCAGCUGCAGAACCACCUCAUGAAGCACCAGAACGUAAGGCCCUACGUCUGCCCCGAGUGUGGCAUGGAGUUUGUCCAGAUCCAUCACCUCAAGCAGCAUGCCCUCACUCAUAAGGUACUAAUACCGCAAGCCCUCGCUGACCAGGGUAUGAAAGAAUUCAAAUGUGAGGUGUGUGCCCGGGAGUUCACCCUCUCUGCUAACCUCAAGAGACACAUGCUGAUCCACGCCAGCAUCAGGCCCUUCCAGUGUCACGUCUGCUUCAAGACCUUCAUCCAGAAACAGACCCUCAAAACACACAUGAUCGUCCACCUGCCUGUCAAACCUUUCAAGUGCAAGGUGUGUGGCAAAUCUUUCAACAGAAUGUACAACCUCCUGGGCCACAUGCACCUCCACGCUGGCAGCAAGCCCUUCAAGUGUCCUUACUGCUCCAGCAAGUUCAACCUGAAGGGCAAUCUGAGCCGACACAUGAAGGUCAAACACGGCGUCCUGGAUGCUUCACCAGACGGACGAGAAGCCCCCCCUGACAUAGAGAACCAGGAGGACUACGAUGAAGAGAACCUUGAAUUCAGCGAACGAGAGAACCUGGCCAGUAUCAACACACCAGACAUCGCUAAACUGUCUGAAUUGGAGUAUUAUAGCAGCUACACCAAGGGUCCAGGGCGCUACAACACAGCAUGAAUGAUGACAAAAGACUCCAUAUUGAGUAGAAGUGUAAACUAAAAGGGAGGUAGUGCCGCUAGCAGUUUAAAGUGGUGGAAUCUGCCCAUUCAUAUGCACUGGAAUCUCAAUUUUCUUGCUCUGAUAUUCAUUGGGAGUGAGAGACAGGUCAUUUGGGAUUGUACAUUUCUCAUCGGCAUCUUGUUUUGUAUUGAAACGUGACUUCACCUCUAGGUGCCACAACAUUGUGAUUGAUGUGUUCACGUGAAAAAGGUCAUAUCUGAAAAUAAAUCAUCUAACCUCCUGGGAGAGUCCUACUCAACAUACAUCCCCAGGGGUGGCCUAACUCUGUAAGCACACGUUUUAGGGAAACAAAUAUGUGAUAGUGAAAUGCACUUACUCAGACAAUCCCGAGCAAGUUUGCGGAUAAGUCAGAAUACAGCUGAGUAUUAUUGCUUUUACUAACAUGUCUAGAAAUGCAUACAGGCCUGUCAAAUGUGUCCUCUGUUCAUGUCCCUUACCAAAGCUGAUACCGUUCAAAGCAGUUCAUGUGAACCAACCAUUUUUUUUUUUUUUACUUCCCAGGUUAACAUUUUAUACUGUGAGUAGUUUCAACUACAGUUCUAGGAUUGUAAUAUUUGCAAUGUGCAGAAAUAAAUCCGUUGCCCAGUGUCAGACGCUAAUAUUGCUCAUGCCAUCAAUUUAUAGCCCCAUGUGACCAGCUUGAUUAAGUUCUUGCAUUGUCACUUUUGUCCCCAGUCAAAUAAGUGUAUUGAUGCAGACCACAUCUUAUCUUAGUGUGCUAAAAGCAAAAUAAAUUAUAUUGCCCCUCCGAUGUAGUCACCAAAGAAUCUGACCAAAUCUGGGCCAUAUUGCCAAACACAAUAGCAGUCUAGUGACACCCUUUCUCUGCAUUGUAGAGCUUGAGUUCAUGUUUCCCAAUAGACUUUGGGCUUUAUCCUCCCCAAAGUAUAUUUAAAAAGGAUUACCAUGAAGACACUAGUGCAGUUUCAUUUUUCAUGAUACGUCACAAUUUAUGCCCCCAUGCAAGCCUUUAUGGGACAGAUCUCAAAAGCAAAUGCAGCCCCUGCAUACGCAUGGUGGUUUUGGUUCAGGGCGGAGUCUCAACAGGAACGGUCCUAAAACUUUGGACAGAAAUGAAGUGCCCUGGAGUGUGCUAUCCAUCAUGCUGCACACUGGUCUAAAGUGAUGAACGACAACUCCCAACAUGACAGGGCCACAGACCCAGCUGAACAUUUGGGAAAUUCACUAUAUUUUUUUCCCUGCUUAAUUUUACAGACAUCACCUGCAUCACCUUAAUAAACAAAAUGCAAAUUUGAGAGAACUAUUUAGAGGGGGAAAAAAAAAAAUAGCUGGAACUUGAAUGGCUUUCUGUGUUACACAUUGGUGUGGAAAUAUCCUGUUGCUAGAACUAUGUAAAAUGUGUGCCAGACAAUACUGUAAAAUAAUAAAUUUAUUUACCUUUAAA